UCACUCGCUCUCUGCUCUCCUCUCUUUCAAUCUCUCUCUCUCUCUGUCUCGCAGCAGCAGCAGCAGCAGGAGCUAGGGUUUUUUCGAUCUUCAUCUUCAUCCGCACCAAAAGAUUUUGCUUUCCAUGGGUGAAUCUUCUUCUCACAGGGAACAGUUGGGCGGAAGAAGUGACGGGGUGUCACUUACUGGUGAUGAUAUGGACCUAUCCAGUGACGAUGAAGAGCUGGAUGACUCUCCGAGCUUACAUGAUCUUGGAGAGCCAUUUCUGAUGGGCUUUUGUCGAAAGGCAUCCACUGCAUUCUUCCAUGAGUACGGUCUCAUCAGUCACCAGAUCAACUCCUUCAACGACUUUAUCGAAAAUGGAAUCCAGAACGUUUUUGAUUCCUUUGGAGAUAUCGUAGUCGAGCCUGGUUAUGAUCCCUCGAAAAAGGGUGAAAGUGACUGGCGCUAUGCACUCGUGAGGUUCGGAAAGGUCACACUCGAUCGACCGCAGUUUUCCGGUGAUAAGCUAGCCGAAUGCGGGAAGGAAUAUUUGAAUUUACUGCCGAGGCAUGCUAGGCUCCAAAACAUGACAUAUUCAUCACGGAUGAAAGUGAACAUACAUUUUCAGGUGUAUACCCAGAAACUGGUGCGCAGUGACAAAUUCAAAACUGGGAAAGAACAACUUGUGGACAAGGAGGUGACAAAUGAUAUGAGUAAAGAUGUUGUGGUUGGGAGGAUUCCCAUUAUGGUGAAAUCCAAUUUAUGCUGGAUGAGUGAAGCUGAGAAAGGCGAUUGUGACUUUGAUCUUGGAGGUUAUUUUCUAGUCAAGGGUGCAGAAAAGACAUUUAUAGCACAAGAGCAGAUCAGUUUGAAGAAACUCUGGAUUUCUGAUAAUCAGGGUUGGACAAUUGCAUACAGGUCGGCGUGGAAAAGGAAGAGGUUGUAUAUAAAGCUUGCAGGAAAUUGUGAUGUUGAUUAUAUCAGAGGGGAAGAAAAGGUUCUCACGGUAUACUUUUUGUCGACGGAGAUUCCUAUAUGGAUAUUAUUUUUUGCCCUCGGUGUGUCAUCAGACAAAGAAGUUGUGGAGCUAAUUGAUUUUGGUCAUGAUGAUUCGAGGGUUGUGAACAUUCUGUUUGCAUCCAUUCAUGAAGCUGAUGAGAAAUAUAAGGGUUUCCGCAAAGGGGGUAAAGCACUUAGUGAAGUGGAGAAAAGCAUAAAAAAUUGCAAAUUUCCACCUGCAGAAUCAAUUGAAGAGUGCUUGGACAACUAUUUGUUUCCGAGUCUGACUGGCCGUAAACGGAAGGCUAGAUAUCUUGCUUAUAUGGUGAAAUGCCUGUUACAAGCGUAUACCGGUCGCAGAAAAUGCGACAACAAGGAUGACUUUAGAAAUAAGAGGUUGGACUUGGCUGGGGAGCUUCUUGAGAGAGAGCUGAGAGUGCAAAUUUUGAAUGCCCGAAGGCGCAUGAUGAGGGCUAUCCAGAGAGAUCUUUAUCCAGACCGUAGUAUUCAAGACAUCGAACACUAUCUAGAUGCAUCCAUCAUCACCAAUGGUCUUUCUAGGGCAUUUUCAACUGGAGCGUGGUCACAUCCUUUCAAAGCAGAAAGGAUAUCUGGUGUUGUGGCAACUCUACGGCGAACAAAUCCAUUGCAAGCAGUUUCUGAUAUGAGAAAAAUGCGUCAACAGGUCAAUUACACUGGGAAAGUUGGAGAUGCCCGAUACCCGCACCCUUCCCACUGGGGCAAAGUGUGUUUCCUGUCUACGCCUGAUGGUGAAAAUUGUGGGCUGGUGAAAAAUUUAGCUGCGACAGGGCUUGUGAGUACCAAUACAUUGGAACCUCUGGACGGAAUACUGCAUGACUGUGGAAUGGAAAAGGUCACAGAUGACUCUUCUACUUCACUUCGUGGCAAAAUCAAGAUUUUCUUGAAUGGGGAUUGGGUUGGCAUCUGUGAGGACUCUCUUUCAUUUGUCAGCAAUCUAAGAAACAAGCGGCGCCAGAAGGAGCUGCCUUCCCAGGUGGAGAUCAAGAGGGAUAUACAUCAGGGAGAAGUGCGGAUAUUUUCAGAUUCUGGAAGAAUUCUCCGUCCUCUUUUAGUGGUCAACAAUCUAAAGCGUAUCAAAGCACUGAAAGGGGACCAAUAUGAUUUCUCAACUUUGUUGAACAAGGGGAUUGUUGAACUUAUCGGGGCCGAAGAGGAAGAAGACUGUUGCACAGCAUGGAGUGUCAAGAACCUCUUCAAGGAAGAUGAUCAAAACCGCUCUGUAAGAUAUACACAUUGUGAACUUGACAUGUCAUAUCUGUUGGGGUUAAGCUGUGGUAUCGUUCCUUUCGCAAACCAUGAUCACGCAAGAAGAGUGCUUUAUGAGUCUGAGAAACAUUCUCAGCAGGGAAUUGGUUUCUCCACAACAAAUCCGAAUAUCAGGGUAGACACUCUUUCCCACCAGUUGUACUAUCCCCAGAGGCCACUUUUCCGGACAAUGAUAUCUGAUUGCCUCGGAAAACAAGGGAACUCUCUUGGGAACAAGGGAAUGCUACCAAAGCCGGAGUUUUAUAAUGGCCAGAAUGCUAUCGUAGCAGUGAACGUUCAUCUCGGCUAUAACCAGGAGGACUCCUUAGUGAUGAACCGUGCUUCAAUGGAACGGGGAAUGUUCCGAUCAGAGCACAUCAGGAGUUACAAGGCUGAUGUUGAGAAUAAAGAAUCUCUAGAAAAGAAGCGUAGGUCAGAGGACUUGGUAAAUUUUGGAAAGAUACAGAGCAAAAUUGGACGAGUUGACAGCCUCGACGAUGAUGGCCUUCCAUUUGUUGGUGCCAACUUGCAGAGUGGCGACAUAGUCAUUGGUAGGUGUGCAGAAUCUGGCACGGAUCACAGUAUUAAGCUCAAGCACACAGAAAGGGGAAUGGUACAGAAGGUUGUGCUCUCUGCAAAUGACGAUGGAAAGAAUUUUGCGGUGGUUUCUCUUAGACAGGUCCGAUCCCCAUGCCUCGGAGACAAGUUUGCUAGCAUGCAUGGGCAAAAGGGUGUCCUUGGCUUUCUCGAGUCACAAGAGAAUUUCCCCUUCACCGUGCAGGGCAUAGUCCCAGAUGUCGUUAUAAACCCGCACGCUUUUCCCUCACGGCAAACACCUGGCCAGCUACUGGAGGCUGCUUUAGGAAAGGGGAUUGCUCUCGGAGGGUCAGUGAAAUAUGCUACCCCUUUCUCUACACCGUCCGUGGAGGACAUUACCAACCAGUUGCAUAGGGCUGGAUUUUCGAGGUGGGGGAACGAAAGAGUGUACAACGGUCGGACUGGUGAAAUGGUCCGAUCAUUAAUAUUUAUGGGCCCGACAUUUUACCAGCGGCUGAUUCACAUGGCUGAAGACAAGGUUAAAUUUAGAAACACAGGACCCGUCCACCCACUCACUCGGCAACCAGUUGCCGAUCGCAAGCGAUUUGGCGGAAUAAAGUUUGGAGAGAUGGAGAGAGAUUGCCUCAUCGCGCAUGGCGCAUCUGCCAAUCUACAUGAGCGCCUCUUUACCUUGAGCGAUUCAUCCCAAAUGCACAUCUGCCAGAAAUGCAAGACCAUGGCGAAUGUUAUUCAGCGAUCGGUACCGGGCGGCCGAAAAAUAAGAGGUCCUUAUUGCCGGAUGUGUGAGUCAGCUGAUGACAUCGUGAAGGUAAAUGCACCUUACGGUGCUAAGUUGCUGUGCCAGGAGCUCUUUAGCAUGGGUAUAAGCCUUAAGUUUGAUACCCAACUGUGUUGAGUGCACUGUUUGGUGGGGGUUGUCGUAGGGCUCUAUCUGGCUGGCUUUUGGGGUUUGAUGUACAGAGGAUGAUGUUUUAUUUAUCACCUACUGAUGGCAAUUGCACAUGACAAUGAAUUAUGGGAA